AUGGGUGCCCGAUUUGCACAAAUCGGGCACCCGUUUCUAGUGGGCUCUUUUCCCAACCCACAAACUUCUAUGGGAUUGGGACCCAACUUUGAACUCCCUGAACAAAUAUUUCGAGAUAUAUUAUUGAGAGUGCCAUAUAAAUCUCAGCGAAAGAUUAAGGAGUUGUUGGAACCUGCUAAAGAAAUGAUGGAAUGUUCUCAAUUUUAUCAAGAUAAAAUUAAGUUUGGGCUGGCUAAAAAAUAUGUAUGCUUGCUCGAGGAAGCUGCGAUAACUAUAUAUGAUCCAGUUGAUCAAUCCAGUAUAAUGCGCAGUUGUAUUCCCACUGGUUUUCAUCUUGAUAGGAAAUCUCAGAUUGUGUGUGCUAAACAUAAGCUUGUUUUAUUGGGUUUGAAAUUGAAUCGAAAUUAUACUUCAACAAUUUUGAUAUAUGAUUUAUUAUCUAAUACAUGGAAACAAGGUGCUCAAAUUCCGACUGUGACAAAUAGUUUUGCAUGUUGUGCCUCACCUGAGGGAUCAAUUUACGUUGCCGGAGGGUAUGUAGGAGUGUAUGCCGAUUUUAGUUCUCCAUCACGUAAAGCAGCAGUAUAUAAAGUAGAUGAAGAUGAGUGGGAGCUUCUUCCUGACAUGCACCAUGAAAUUAGCUAUUGUGGGGCUGUUUUUUUUGAAGGAAUGUUUUAUGUCAUUACUUGUACUGAUAGAACUCAAAGAUUUGAUCCCAACACAAGAGUAUGGACAACAGUUAAUUUGUCUUUUUACAUUCCACGGUACGUAUAUGCUAUGUUUGGACGGCUAAUUGCGGUUACAGAAAAAAAACAUAGAGCAAUAUGA